AUGCCGUCUGCAAAGCGCAAGCGCUUGAGUUCGUCUAAAAGUACCAACCCGCAGAUUUCUUCCACUGGAAGAACUCGUCAAUCUCUGCACAAGCAACAGCAAUCCUGCAGUGUUGAUUGGACUGACGCUUAUUUAGAUAAAGUCUUAAGGAGCCGCGAGAUAGGCUCUCACAAUCGACCCUCACGCAAAAUCGUUUCCGAAGCUCAAGCACUGCAUGAUACAUUCCAACGAGGACUCAAGAUGUUAAGCCUUGCUGGACAGAUCAGCUUUCCAACUUUGAAAGCAGGCUUUGAGCUUCAUCAUCAUAUGAUUACUACCGGACAUACAGUAGGAAGAACACCCAAGAAAUAUCCAGACAAUGGCGAUCAAAAUUCAUCACCGACCAAUUUUCAAGAAAAUCUCAACGAAGAUCCUCACAACCCGUCCGAUUUAACUCCACACCUCCCUACGUUCAAAGAGCUUGUUAAUAUGCAUAAGGUUAAACAUCAUUUUGAACGUCGUGCUGAAGUCAGCAAGGUUGUCAAACAAUUCAAUAUUGAGUUCCAUUUACUUGCCUCAUCCUUCCAUCCCAAGACAACCCUCAGCAAGGCCCUCUGGAUGGAGGAAUACACUUCGUGUGAUCGAUGGGCCGAGUUGGGUCAAUCCGAGUACCAUCUACUCGAAAACUUUGCCAAAGAGGCAACUCAAUGCCCGCGUGAUGUUUUCAAAAAAAAGCCCUUGACAACUGUAAAGCCACUUGCUGUCAAGGAGCAAACUCAAUUGCGACAGGAGCUCACCGCCUAUCUCAACCAGCUGGUUGCUGCACCGGGAAACAUGACUGUUAGAGAUGUCAAACUCUGGCUGAAAGAGAUUGCUGCCAAAAGAUACACAGUAAUACAAGUAUCAAAUGUAGUGUAUUCUAGGCUGUUGUGUUAUUUAAUUUAG